ACACCAAUGCCACCCUCUAACCAAACACACUUGUAGCCAUUUGCCGGAAAUCCAUUUCUAAGCCGGAAUUCUCAGACUAGUAAGAAUGGCUAUGGUAACGACGCAGGCAUCCGUCGCCACUUUCCAGCCAUGUGUCUCGAAAUCCAGAUUCCUUACUGGUUCUUCCGGCAAACUUUCCCGAGAAUUCGCCGUUAAGACGUCCACUUCCUCAUUCAAGUCCUACAAAGUUGUAGCGAAGAAAGGCGAAUGGCUGCCGGGUUUGGCGUCACCUGGUUACCUCAAUGGCAGCCUCCCUGGUGACAAUGGGUUCGACCCUCUUGGGCUCGCUGAGGACCCGGAGAACUUGAGGUGGUAUGUACAGGCAGAGCUUGUCAAUGGACGGUGGGCGAUGUUGGGUGUGGUCGGGAUGCUUCUGCCUGAAGUUUUGACCAAGUUUGGUAUAAUCAAUGCACCACAGUGGUAUGAUGCUGGCAAAGCCCAAUACUUUGCUUCUUCAUCGACCCUGUUUGUGAUCGAGUUCAUCUUGUUUCACUACGUCGAGAUCAGGAGGUGGCAAGAUAUCAAGAACCCAGGAUGCGUUAACCAAGAUCCCAUCUUCAAGAACUACAGCUUGCCUCCUCACGAAUUGGGAUACCCAGGUUCAAUCUUCAACCCUCUCAAUUUCCAACCCACUCUCGAGGCCAAGGAGAAGGAACUCGCCAAUGGGAGAUUGGCAAUGUUGGCGUUCUUGGGUUUUAUCGUGCAGCACAAUGUGACUGGAAAGGGACCUUUCGAGAACCUCCUACAGCACAUUUCUGACCCAUGGCACAACACCAUUGUCCAGACAUUCAACGGUGUCUAGAGAAGCAACAGAGAUGGAAAGAUGGCCGGACAGAUGGAUUCUUUUUCCUUUUCGUAACCAUGGAUGAAUGAAUGGAUGGCUUUCGUUGUGGGACGAUGAUCUUCAAUGUAAAAUAAUCUAUAAAUAUACAGGGGGUACUAGAAGAGUGAUGUAUUGCCAUCUGCUUUAUUUC